UAGGAAGCACGGCACGGCUGCUCAAUACUCCCAGGACGGCCGAUCUUCACUAAAGCAACUUGCGGCUGUGACCACAGCCGACGUCCUCGAGGGCCUCUGCGGGAGUUUCAUUUGCUUGCACCUAGUAGAACUUUCGACAGCACGCCGUUCGUUCUUCUUGCAUCUUCAAAAUAGCUUGUUUCCACGAGGAAGCCACAACUCCUGCGCGAUGCAGGUGGUUGUGCAGCAGCAGCCCUCUCCGGUUGGGUCGGCGGAUGAGACUGCCACUACACCGGGCGGCCAGAGUUCCUACACUGCGUUGGCAUUCGGGACCGCCCCGGGAACUGCCGCGACG